CUUUGGUGUCAUGCAUGUGUCAUGUCAUGUCAUGGCGUACCUAAUGCGAAAUGAUUGUCAGUUUGGUACAAUUGGUAUUGUAUUUUGGUUACAACAAUUAUUUGAGCGAGUUUUGUGAUUUCGAUAUAUACUAUUUAAGGAUUGAAGCAAGUAAAUCUUGCUUAGAACGUAUCUUACUGUAUUAAUACAUUGAUAUAUUGAGUCUAACAGGAUGGCUGUAAAAAAAUGUUGCAUUGACAACUGUAACUCAUGUUCUACAAGAAAGGAGGAUAAAGGUGUAACAUAUCACAAGUUCCCAAAAAACGAUAAUAUACGUGACAUUUGGGUAGCUGUUACACAUUACAAACACACUGACACAGAGUUGCCGCACUUUGUGUGCUCACGGCAUUUCUGUAAAAAUGACUUUCAAAGUUACAAGGACUCUAAAUACAAAUUGAAACCAGACGCAGUCCCUUCAAUAUUUCCAUGGGAUUCCGAUACUGACGAAGAAAUGGAAGACAUAAGCGCACCAGUCGAAGGUUUCAGUGCGGACUGUGAAGUUGAGAAUGUUGAUGCAAUUAAGAAGUUUAUAGAAGCGCAAGAGAAGGAAUUACAGGAGCAGAAACUGGCUGACUUUGAGAUUAGUGAGAAAAGUAAUGACACUGCAGAUAGUGCUGCGCCAUGUCAUAGUGAGACAGUGUGCGAGCCUGGCUCUGUGAUGGGUGUGAUACACAGCGAGUCUGAGACUGAUGUAGACAUCUCUAAGAAAAAAGAUGUUUCUAGUAAACAGUUAUUAAGUCCAGUAGACAAAGGUAACAACAGUACUAUGGCACUCUCAAUAGGAUCAAAAGUAGAAGCUAAAGAUUUUGAAGAGAAAUGGCAUGCUGCAGAAAUAAUAGAAGUUGACUAUGAAGAGAUGGAAGUACUUAUACAUUAUGAAGUUGAUAGAAAGAAACACGACGAAUGGAUAAGCGUAAGCAGUCCUCGUCUAAGACCCUUCAAUGAGGCCUCAACCAGUAGCAGCACAAGUUCAACCACAGUCAAACCUGGGCCCAGUUCAGAAGAGAGUCUCACAGAUACACUGCCUAUAUCUUCUCUGAAAGAAGAAGCGAAAGAUAUAAAGACAGAAGAGAAGAUUAAACUGACUUACGCCAUUGGAGAACGAUGUCUUGCAAGAUGGCGGGAUAACCGACGGUUUAUUGCCACUAUUCUGAAAGACCUGGGGGAUGGCAAUUACGAAAUUGUUUUCGACGACGGUUGUAACUGGACGUGUAAUACGUCUCGGUUGCACAAGCUGCGCUCGAAACAGGGGAGUGGCACACCGUCCGCGCCCGUCUCUCACGGGGCCGGGCCGUCCAACGCGAACACACAGACUGCCUUCCACACACACCUAUUUGACCCUACAAGAGAUUAUUUAGGCUCAAAAAGCGAACGUCGCGAAAUGAAGCGCAAAUUAAACAUAAAAGAAAUAUUUAAUAUAGGACAGAAGAAGUCUCGAAAGCAGAAGAGUGCGGAUGAAAAACCACAUAAAACGGUGGAAAGGAAACCACGGAUUUUGAAAAAGAGGCGGGAGAGGCCCGUCAAGUUGAAGCUUGAGAGCGAAAUUAAGACGGAAAUUAAAAGCGAUGUGCCAGCAGUAGAUGCAGUAGCUUCAAUCAUUGGUACUGUAAGCAAAGAAACCGCAAAUAUAGAUGUUAAAGAAGAUGAGAAGCAAGCCGAAGAAACGCCGGAGUCAGUACAAGAGGAGAGUAAGAAAGAAGAAGAAGAAGUACAACCAGAACCUACUGAUGAUAAAAAAAAGAAGAUUGAAACAGAAGGUUUAAGGCUUAACUCCACUGAAGAAUCAAUUAAACAAAAUGACAAUGAAGACGAUCUCAUACAGUUAGAAGAUCUAAAAGGCGAAAUAGACCCAGUUUUAGAUGAAGAAGUUAAAUUAGAGCAGUUUGAAAAACAAGACGACGUGAGACACGAAGAAGUGAUAGACAGAAUCAAAGAAGCAAUAAACAAACUAGAAGAUGGAUUGAGUCAAAUAGAAAAGGUUAACUCACCUAAAGUAGAAUUAGAAUUGAAACAAGAAAUAUUUUCACCAGAACUGAAACCAACUCCGGAAGUUAAAGAAGAAGAAAGUGACAAGGUAGCAGAAGCACAAACGGAGAGAGAUAAGAAGAAACUAGCAAAGGUUAAGAAAGGAAAGAAGUUGAGAUUAUUGCGGGAGAAGAAAGUAAAGAAACAAGUGGAGAUAGUAAAGCAUGAAAUAGAACAGAUGAGAAAACAGAUGUCUGAGAUGCGGAAACAGAUACUAAAGAGACCGGACUUAGCACAUAUAGCACCGGGGUCCAUAUUGCCUGAAUCCUUCCUGUUGCCUAAUGAAUGGUGUUGCCGGUGGGUCAAUGGCCAGCCCCUUGGUACCGUCAGUGAGAUCGAGUGCGAGGUUAAACAACAAGAGCCUGGCAGUAAACCACCUCUACCCAGGAGAAGUGUACAGGUUGAAGACAAGCGAUUACCUGAAGGUUGGACGAAACAUAUGGUUCGUAGGAGCUUUGGGAAUUCUGCGGGCAAGUGGGACGUCGUGUUAGUUAGCCCCGACAAUCGACGGUUCCACACGAAGAAUGAGAUGCGAAUGUAUUUGGAGAACAACCCAUCGCUAAUAAACGAGGGAUAUGAAUACGUGUUGACGGACUUUGGAGUGCACCUAAAGUUGGCGCGUCGUAUGGGAUGGAUCACUCACACCGAGGAGGAAGUGCCCUCCGCAGCGCCCCUCCCCGCCGGCACGCUCAGCUGUACCUCCCCGCUAUACAAACGUAAGAAACUCUCUCUUAAGAAGAAGAGAGAUGGCAAAGAAAAGAGACCUAAGAUUACCAUCAAGAUGAAGGUGCCAAAGGAUCGUCCACCAUCAGAAGAUCCUGUCUCUUCUCCAAGUUUACUAAGUGGCAAUGAUAAUUCUCCAGCGCCAGAACCUGCCGUAGAAGUCCCUCCGUUAGAAGAUGGAUAUGUGUAUGUUGGUUCAUUAAAAGUUCAAAUAAUCGAGAAUCUCCUCCGAUGUCCAGCUGAGGGCUGUUUCAAGAACUUCCGAAACAACACUCUAAUACAAAUGCAUAUCAAACACUAUCAUAGAGAACUGCGAAAGAUGUUGGGAGACACACCGAAAGUUCUAGACCUCGCGUACGCAAGGACAAAGCAGCCCAUUGAGGUAGAGAGCCCAAGAGUUACCAACGACAAGGUGAUCAAAGUGAAGAUACCGAGACCUCCAAAACGGGAAGAGCCUAAACAAGAAGUCAAAGAAGUGAAACCAGAACCUCAGGUAGAUACAACACCAGUUGCUCCAGUGAAGGAGCCUGAAUUACCAAUACCAAGGAGUCAGGACUCGCCCAAGCUUCGCCAGGCUUUAAGCAACAAGCCAGUGAAGAGACCGCGGGUGUUAUUGCCCGUUAGAAGACCUGAUCCAGAGCCAGUAUUGCCUGAACCAGUAAACGAAGACGUAGAUGUGGAGAACACAGAGAACAUCGAGCCUGGCAUGGAGAUGCCAUCUUUAAACAUGGCAUUGGACUUUGAGAGUGCGAUAUCUACGCACACAGUAACCAAACCUAUUACUGAGAAGAAGAGAAAAGCUGAGAAGAGACGUAAGACCUUUGCUUUGGCUGCUAAACGGCCGGCAAGUGAGGAAGAAGACUGGUUGGGAGCUAAUUCUGACUUUGACACGCGGUCAAGCUUCCCGCGGUCAGGAACACCCGACUCUAAAGCCGACCUCAAGGUCGCGCCGGUGUCUUCUGAGUCUAACGAGGAGAAUAAGGACUCUAAUAUGUAUAUGUAUACUGAGAACGGCGAGCGUAUAAAGAUAGUGCACAUGAAGCGCGAGGAGAUAAUAAACUGCCACUGCGGGUUCCGCGAGGAGGACGGACUCAUGGUGCAGUGCGAGCUCUGUCUCUGCUGGCAACACGCGCUCUGUCACAACAUACAGAGGGAGUGCGACGUCCCCGAAAAAUACACAUGCAGUAUAUGCCUAAACCCUCGUCGAGGGCGUAGGUCCCAGCGCUUCCUUCACGACCAGGAUCGCAUGUACGAAGGGUUACUACCGGGCGGCAAACCAUGUGAAACAUUACGUCGCUCUCACGAACUCGCUGGGAAUCUACUGCGCAUCGAGGACGCAUUACAUGCACUCAGAGUCAAGUACUAUGUUGCUACCAAAAAAGACCACCCCAAGUUAUACCUAUGGGCCAAGGAUUGGGAGCAGCUUGAGAUUCAGAACACGCAGGAGAAGCUAAACUCUGAUUAUUCAGAUCUGAACAUUAUGAUUAAUAUGGACAAGGAGAACAAACCUAUUAAACCGGAAGAUGUGAAGGACAUACAGUUAGACUUAAAGACUCCACCAUCUGAAGAACAGGACCAGGAACGGUAUACACAUAAGGACGCGCAGCUUGGAGCUCAGUCGCUACUGAGUGGUUUACUGUCGAGUCCGGGCGACGCAUCACUCGACUUACCCAUCAGCACAUCAGAGUUGGAGCGACUCGCUAUAUCUGUGCAAGAGCAAGAAGCCCAGCGCGCCAUGAUAGUGGCCCCUCAACCCGAGCCUCCCAUUGAGAACGCGACCUGUCGCCGUCAGCUACUGAAACACUUACAACGCUGCCAGGCACUCAUCGACGCCAGGCUAGACUCCAUCGAGGCGCAGGUUGCAGAACUAGAAUCCCAAGACCCGUCAUUCGAGGACGAUGAAACAGCCGAGUACUGCCCGCGCACCAAGCAGACGGUGCAGAUGCUGAUGCGAGAUCUGGAGACCAUGGAGGAGUUGGGAGUCAUCACGUAGACUUACACAUCACAUGGAAUUAGGGAUAGUACUAAAAGAAGUAUUUAUAAGCAUAAUACUAUGAAUUUAUUGCACAUAACUGUCAUAUAAAGGCUUGGCCGCACUACGAUUUUUUCUCGAGAGCGGUUAAUCGCGAAAUAUUUGGAGAUUAUGCCCCCACAAUUUUCAUCCUUACCUUUUCACCAAGUUCUAUGAAUUUUGCAAUAGAAUUUUACUUGACAAUUUUUUAAAAUCAGUCGUGGAUGAAAACACUGGCAUUCCUCUGGUUGUUUUAUAAAGUCGCGCUAUUGAGACCGCUACAUUGUAACAGUGUGUAUUGCGGCCUAUACCUAAAUGGACAAAAGCAAGCAAGCAAGUAGUGCCUUGUUUAAAAUUAACUAAGUGAAGGGUUUGUUAUAAAACGAAGACUAAGUUAUUGUAUUUAUGACGGUAAUUAUGAUAAUUAGUUCCAUAUAACCAUUUUGUUCUAAUAAUAAAUUGAAUACUACAAACUAGGUACUUUUCGGUAUUUGUGUGCAAGUUACAAAGCUUUAAUGUAUUUCUUAGGUUAAAAUUGAUAAUAGCUGUAAACAAUACUUAUAUUAUUUUGUAAUAGUUAUGCCUGCGGCUCUCACGCAAUAAUGUAUAGUUAAUAAGAAAUAGAUAUUUACAUAAUGAUUUUACUGUUCGCACCUUACAUAAUCAGGUCCAGUCAUUCCCAAGUUUUAGUGAGACUAAUGAACUAAUGUAUAAUUUUGUAUAAAAAACUAAUGAUAUGACUAUAAUUUGUAAAUAAAUUACUGCGAAAAAAUUGCCAUAAAUAUAUCUGCUCUAAGUGUUAUUGCAAAUACUAAGUCAUAGUAAGUGAAAAUGUUUUCAUAAAGUCUAUAUUCCUGAUGUUAUUAAUAUAUGUAGGUAGGUAAUAUGAUGUCUAAUGACGUUGAAUGUGAAGAUACCAAAAUAGAAAUAAAGGACCGCACAAGGAA